AUGGGUGGAGUUCAUCGCAAAGCACCGAACACCUUCAAAAAGAUUAAGGAGAGCCUUAAAUCUAUCUUCAAGAGAAAGAAGGGCGAUAAGAACAACGCCCAGGCCGCGGAGCAAAAACCAGAAGAUGCCGCCGCCGCAGGCGCUGGUGCAGCUACCACCGAAGCAACCGCCACCCAUGAGGCCCCGGCUGCGGAAACCCAGGCUCCUACAGCAACUGGUCCGGCACAAUCGACGCCUGCCAUCUCCCCGGGUACCUCGAUACCAGAGCAAGGGCAGCACAAUGAUCAUGAAGCACCUGCUCCGACACCCUUGCCCCAAAUCCCGCCCAUAGAGACAACGGAAUCUGCCGCUCCUGCUGAGACCCCCGCUGCCCAGCCAACUGCCGGCUUGGUUGGUGGAACAGCUCCUGUUGAGCCCACCAAACCUGAAGCUAAAUAA